UGUAUGUCAUGAAUAGAUUUACACAAAAUGUAUUUUUUAUGAGUAAUAUUCCGUCCACACAUGGAUGGGCCACCCUGUAUAUAUAUAUGGCUUCAGUGAAGAAUUUUCCAAAGGCUUCAGAAGUCAAAAGGCUGAUCCACUGAAAUGUAUUGUUUAUAUCGAUGUUUCAAGGAAGAUGCAAUUUGUCCUCGUGUUUGCCGAAAAAAGAAGAGCAUGUUCCUAAAACUCGUACCUUGGAAGAGUACUCAACUAAAGUC